AUGAGCUCUGGCGUGUCGUCCGUGGGUUCCAUCGGCGGCAAGCCCGUCUCGGGAGUGCCAGCGGCCGACGACGUCUCGUGCCAGGGCAGCGGCUUGCGGGAUAGCGGGAGCAGCGAGGACCAGGUCGGCGACAGCCCGUACGGCUUCCAGGAAGGCAUGGGCGAAGAGAUCUUCUCCGCGCGGGAGCGGCAGUCUGCUGCCCUGCUGCCACCCCUCUCGCCCUUCGCCUCCGGGACGGAGUACAGCGACUUGAGCAGCAGCGCGACCACGCGCAAACACGGCGGUUCGGAGCAGAAGGGCGGCGCCGGCGCCUCGGCGGGCCAGGGCGACGCGGGGGCCGACGCGCAGACGACGACUUCGGGCGGCGCAGGCGGCACAGCGCCCGCGCAGAGCGGCGGCACGACGGGGACGGGCGCGGGCGGCGCGGGCGGCGGCGGGGACGACCGGCCGCCGCAGAAGCCCGCGCCGUCCGACGACCGCCCCGAGCCCAGCCCGAAGCGCCGGAAGCUGGCGGGGGAGGACAGCGACAAGGGCGGGGCGGGCGUCGCGCAGCACGUGCCGGGCGACAACGGCACGCCCGUGUCGUCCGACGACGAGGACGAGGAGGACGACGAGGGCCCCGCGGACGGCGCGGGCGGCUCGGGCGCCCUGCAGGGCGGCGGGGGGCCGCCGGCCAAGGGAGCCACCACGGCGCCGGUCGCGGCGGGGACCGCGCAAGAGACGCUCGCGACCGUGGCGCGGGACUCGGGCCACGGGCCGUCGACGGGCCCCGCGACCGUGGCGAGGGACUCGGGCCAUGGGCCGUCGGCGGGUCCCGCGGACGCGGCGCGCGAGACGCAGGCCGGGUCGUCCGGGCCCGACGACGACAGCGGCAGCAGCGAGCAGUGGCUCGAGGACAUCAAGCGCGCGGUGACGCACCCGAGCGAGAUGGUGCACGUGAUCGACUUCAAGGGCGGGCGCUUCCGGCACCUCCUGUACGACCCCGCCAAGACGGUGUACGUCGAGCUGCAGACGUGGGAGGCGGCCGUGCCGACCGACGUGUCGCGCCGCGCGGAGCAGCUCGACCGCGUCACGGCGGACCAGGCCCGCGGCGCGCCGUCGGCGCCGGGCGUGGACGCGCGCAGCAGCGGGCCGCGCGGGGCGGCGCGGGGGCGGGCGCUGGGGAGGCCGCCGCGAUGCCGCCGCCGCCGCCGCAGCAGCCGGGUGCGAAGCCCGCGGCGGAAGGCGCGGGCGCCGGUGCGGACGCGGGCGCGGGCGCUGGCGCUGCGGCGGUGGUGA